AUGCUACAGAUAAAGAAGAAGACAGCCGAGGCAACCAGCUCCCCGAUUACCAACGACUCUCAGAACAAAACAAGAGAGGAAGCGAUGGAUCUAGACGAUCCCUUGACCUCCUUGGAGGAUACCCCGAAACGCCCCAACAGCCCCGAAAUUGUGGUGCUAUCCAAGAAGGAGAAGAUUCGUCUCUUGAUCAAAGAACACGUCGCUAUCUGGACGAGAUUUGAGAAAGAGAAAAGCUCAGUAGCAACCAACGAGCUCAGACAGAUCCUCCACCAAGCUCAAGACUCUCAGAAAGUCUUACAGCGUAUGAUCACCAAGGAAGAACUGGAGGGCUACGUCAAAGGGUGGAACCCCUGGACCGCCAAGAGAGAACUAUUCCCGCCUCCACCAAAGAAAGAAGGCAAGAAGAGGAGCUCAACCUCGAAGAGAGCCCAGCAAUACGACGAUCCUCGGGUCUGGGCGGACGUCUUUGAAAUAGGUCAGGCUUGGAGAGCGGCUUACAAUCAGCGCUCCCGCAAAGCUCUUCCUCAUUAA